GCUCUGGCACCACCUCCGUCUUUGACGAUCCGUCUCCCAUCCUUCGUUUCUUCGCGAGCCUCGUCUCUGUUUUUUUAUCAAAAACACCUUCGUUUCCUGGAAGCAUCCUCAGUAGCCACGACACGACCCAAAAAGCUCUUCACCAUGAGACUCUCCUCUAUUGCCGCCCUCGCCCUCAGCGGCAGCGCCCUCGCCGCCUCGCAGCGAGAAUGUUUCGCCCAGCACAGCCAGGAACUGGUCGAGUUCUCUGACUGCGGCAACCCUACCAACCUCGAAUUCUGCCUCUCACAAAUCACCAGCUCCGACAUCAGCGACGUCGAGGCCUGCUACUCAAACGCCGGAUGCUCAGCCGCCCAGGCCAUCUCCGAGGCCAAAUACGCACUUCGAAGAUGCGACGAGUUUGCCAAGAUCGGAGACCUGAAGAAGCGAUACCGCGGCGUGCCCGAGGGCAUUGAGAAGACGGUGGCUGCCCGAGAUCCCGUCGCCGCCCCGGCACCGACCCUCUGGGCUCGCUCUGGCUCGCUCGAGUGUCUCGCCACCUCCACGGUCAAGACGGAGUCCUGCGACAUCCAGACUGAUAAGGGUGUCCUCAGGACCCUCACCUGCGUGCCCACCGAAGUCGCCAAGAGCGCCUGUGCCCCCGGCCUCAUGUGCUCCAUGGACAGCCAAGGCAGCACCGUCUGCAUGAAGAAGCAGGACAGCCUCGGCGUUGGCGGCAUCAUCAUCGCCAUCGCCUUUGGCGCCUUCAUCGUCAUCGGCAUCACCUUCCUGACCUUUGCCUGCUGCCGCGAGCGCCGCCACCAGAAGCAGCUCGAGGCCCGUGCCGAGGCCACCGCUCUCGCUCGCGCCCAGACAAAGAAGGCCCGCGCCGCCGAAGCCCGCGCUCCUUUGAUGCGCCAAGAGGGAGGUGACCCCUUCACCGACCGAGCUCAGUCUUAGAAAGCCAGAAUAGGUCGUGGCAACGGGCUAACACCAAGCAGGCUUGAGGUGGUUAGAGAAGAUGAAAACGGUCGACAUGUUUUGUGACAGCACGGCAUACAAGGGAGGCGACCAGCACACUUUUUUGAAUCCUGUCUUGUUUUUUUACUUUUCAUUGUUAUUUUGCGGCGUACAUCAUGUUGCUCUCUUUCGAGCCGUGGGUUACAGGGAACAAAGACGGGUGCACAUACGUACUCGGGUAGCACCCUUGCUGCUUCUCGUGCUUUGGCAAGACGGGCACACACACAUCAUAAGAAAACAUUCCAGCUAGAAAAUGAGGCGAGCCUCGGGUAGGAAACGGGAAGAAUUGAACGUUAUACAAAGAAGCAGCAUUGAUAUUUGGGGGAUUUGAAUUAGAUUUUGAAAAAUAAAUUGUUUGUAAUUGAAAAAAUCAAAAAAAUCAAAAGCUACAAGGGAUUUCCAUUUGGGACGUAA